AUGGGCAAUCACGCUCUCAUCUUUGGUGCUACUGGUAUUCAAGGCUGGGCAGUCACCAAAGAACUUCUCAAUGGCUAUCCAUCACCAUCAGCUUUCGAUCGCGUCACGGCCGUGACAAAUCGGCCCGUUACAGGAGAAAUGCUUUGGCCCGAAAGUGACAAACUGCAAGUGGUCAGUGGCAUUGACUUGCUUGGGGACGAUGUCGUACAAGAAAUGGAAGACCGAGUACCGGACAUCACUGGAGUCACACAUGUCUUCUUCUUCGCCUACAUCUACAAAGAGAAUCCCGAUGACGAGAUCUCGAUCAAUGUAGAAUUGCUCAAGAAGGCAGUCUCUGCUGUCGAAAAGCUGUCUGCAAAGCUCAAAUUUGUACUGCUUCCUACCGGGACCAAGGCCUAUGGCGUGCAUCUCCUCGACCAGUUCCCCUUUGCCGACGAGCUACCACUCUCAGAAGACCUGCCCCGGAUUCCGGAACCCUUCGCGAGCCAGAACUUCUAUUACAACCAGACAGAUUGGUUGGAAGCCGCGAGCAAAGGGAAAGCGUGGACUUGGUGCGAGAUACGACCAGAUGUCGUCGUCGGAUUCGUGCCGAACAAUAACGUAUACUGCCUAGCACAGACACUGGCCACUUACUUGACAUGCUAUCGAGAGAUCGAAGGCGAUGGCGCCGAAUGUGCUUUCCCGGGUACUGAUCUGAGCUGGAAGGCUUUGUCAAAUGAUUCUGACCAAGACACCAUUGCCCGGUUCAGCAUCCAUGCGGCUCUGCGCCCAGAAAUUUGUGGACAAGGUCAAGCAUUCAACGUUGCGUCGAGUGGUACACCUUCCUCGUGGUCAGAGAAAUGGCCUAUCAUAUGCGAGUUCUUUGGGCUCAGAGGAACACCACCACCAGCUCACGGAAGUGGACCACAGCCUGGACAAUAUCUGAGCGAGCAUCUUGAACAGUGGCAAGCAUUGGAGCGCAAACAUGGUUUGAGCACUGGCAGGGUUGGCAAUGAUCGGAGUUUGGCAACAUUCCAGUACUUCAUCAUGACGCUUUUCAACUUCGAUAGAAAUCUGGAUCUAGGACGACAGAACAAAGCGUGGGGCCAAGCUGCGGAAGAGAAAGAUAGCAAGCAAGUGUGGUGGACUGCUUUUCAAAGAUUCAGAGAUGCCAAGAUAAUUCCUUGA